AUGCCGCGGAAAGCGAAGCUUUUCAAUUUUACAUGGGUGGAUGAAAUCAAACGUGGAGUAUAUCGUUCGCGUUUCACUUGUGCGGACAUAACGAAGAAGUACUCCAAAGAGGAACUGGCUGAAAAAACCAACACGUUCGCACCCACUCCGUAUGUUCUCGAGCUCAAAUGCCUCCUCAAUGGGUGGCACUCCCACUCCGGAGACGUCAGGUGUGCAUGUCUCUUCUUAGGCACCGAUUCGGGAGACAGUAACGGUCAACCAGUGUUCAUGCGCAUGCCUCCCGAAUACCUGCCUCAUUUUUAUGCUUUGUUGGAUACCCAAGACUCCGAGACGAAAGCAUUGUACAUGUCGGUAGAUCCGUUGAAAGAAGUAGUUCUGGAACUUGUGGGAAACCUGUACGGCAGGCGGCCUGCUGGGAGUAACUACCGAAAAGAGUGUGAAGAAGUUGUCACGCAUGGUUUGGUCAGCAAGGGGUAUCAGUUCAUUCGUGGCACCCGUGACCCGACAGUAUACACCUGUUGCAAAAUUGACGCAAUGCUGUUGCACCACGUUGACGACACUUGUUUAUGGGCGUCAGACAAAGACUUAGAGUUCCUACAGUCAGACGAAGGUUUAGGCAAAUACCUCGACAUGAAGAACGGUGUCAUCGAGACACCAGGCACCAAAGUCAACGUUCUAGGUGAGCGGACGCAGCGCACGGAGAGCAACACGGUCACUUGUCGUAAUGCCGAAAGCAAAGCCUCCGGCGUUCUGACUGUUGGGGUGGUUGCCUUGACUCUCGCGGUUCCACUGAUUGCGGGCACUCCCGCAUCAUCUUCCGGUGAAGCGGAGACCCGUGCAUUGAGUCGAGGGGCGCGCAACGUCAUGUUCAUCAAACAGUUGGCCGCGGAGGAUUUCCGCUUGAGACUAGGUCAACCUCGGUUGUGGACAGAUGCAACCACGGCACUGCAAACCGCCAAGCGUCUAGGUGCCGGGAGCAAAAUGCGUCAUAUCGAGUUUGCCGCAUUGUAUGUCCAAGAAGUGGUCCAUCAAAAGUUAGUCAAGGUGGGAAAUGUUUUCGGUGAGUUGAAUCCGGCCAAUUGCCUCACGAAGCAUAUGAGCACUGUCCUGAAAGAGCGAUGCGUAUCUGAUCUAGGCAUGGCGGACAUGAGCAACUCCGAUCCGUGCACCGUGUUGCGAGAUGCGGCUGAGAUACAGCUUGUAGCAUUUGUAGCUUCGCUUGUGUCCGAGCGUACUCACAGACAGAGGCUGACACCGUGGAAACCAAAUCUUGUUGUUAUCGUUGAUGCAAUACAGAUUUGUGCGGCUCAUUUGUGCCGUCAGCGUCCCAUCGCCUAA